CAUUCCACCAAAGGGGAACCGAAUAAGUAAAGGUUUUUGCAAGUGAUUUGGUGCCUCGCUGUAAUGGAACAACCAGGCAUUGCUCAUUUUCAGACCAAAGAUGACAGGAGGAGAUGUUGACCUGGAGCACUGAGUUAAGGUAGAUGGGCGAAUUUGCCUUUUUCGUUCUGAAGGCCAGUGUCAAGUUUCUAUCAGAGAUUUAAACGAUGCGGGCGGCAACUGGCAGCCAGUGAAGUGAAAUCAUGAGGGGGGUUACAUAGGUUUUUCUCAAUUGCAAGGGCUUGCAUUGGUUGGAAGGCCGGACAGUAGAGAAUUGGAGUAGUCCAGUCUUGAUAUGACGAGAACUUGGACAGCUGAGAGGCAUGCUCCGACAGGAACGGCCAGCUUUUCCUGACGUUGUAGAGCACAUACCUGCAAGUUCGAGAGGUUGCUGCGAUGUGGAGGCUAGACCUGCAUGUGUAUGGACAUCGUGUUGUAACGAUAAGUCAUGUUUAUAGUUUUAGGCACGUUAGAGAAAAGAUUUAAUUAAAACAAGAAGAAGAUGAAAACCUUUAAUUUGCAUUUUCUUGAUCUUCCGGUUUCCGGACGGCUCCCGCCCCGUUCCGCCAUCAUGCAGUCCUGAACAAAAAAGCGAGUGAGACAGAAAACACAGGAAUGGGCCUGUCGUUGACAGAAGAAGAUAACAUUAACGAAUGAUACCGACGGCAUGACAAAUCGUGAUAACAGUACGUCCGGAAGAGGUGGAAUAUCUGGGUGUGAUUUAACGUUAAAGUGUUCAUCCGCUUUGCUUGACAAUCAGCUGAUUGUCUCCGUUAACUGUUAACAGGAGUGUUAUUAAAUAUAAACGAAUGAUCGGACUGAUUCCUGAACGCAUGUCAAGAUCAACACAAUAGCAUUAGAUGGAUCGCUAUUCAAAUCGACGAGGACUCUUUGUAUGAAGUGAGAUAAAGGAGGUCCGAUUUUCUUCAGGCCGGAGAGCUAGCUGACUCUAGCUAGCUACAGUGGAUCCCAUAAACCACGGCGCUGGCCAUGCCGUCGAGUGUGCGGGCUGGGAAUCUCAAGGACCCGGAGGUGGCAGAACUUUUUUACAAGGAGGAUCCAGAGAAGCUCUUCACAGACCUGCGUGAGAUCGGCCAUGGCAGCUUUGGAGCCGUCUACUUUGCCCAUGACAUCCGCACCAAUGAGGUGGUGGCCAUUAAGAAGAUGUCAUACAGUGGCAAGCAGUCUAAUGAGAAAUGGCAGGAUAUUGUCAAAGAGGUAAAGUUCCUUCAAAAGCUGCGGCACCCCAACACUGUGGAGUAUCGAGGCUGCUACCUGCGAGAGCACACAGCAUGGCUGGUGAUGGAAUACUGUUUGGGUUCGGCCUCAGAUCUGUUGGAAGUGCACAAGAAACCACUACAGGAAGAGGAGAUAGCAGCAAUUACCCAUGGUGCAUUGCAGGGCUUGGUAUACCUUCACUCGCACAACAUGAUUCACAGGGAUGUGAAAGCAGGGAACAUCUUGCUGACAGAGCCUGGCCAGGUGAAACUAGGAGACUUUGGCUCUGCCUCCAUUGUUGCUCCAGCCAACUCCUUUGUGGGCACACCAUACUGGAUGGCUCCAGAAGUUAUCCUGGCCAUGGAUGAAGGGCAAUAUGAUGGAAAGGUUGACGUGUGGUCACUCGGCAUCACCUGCAUAGAGCUUGCGGAGAGAAAGCCUCCCUUAUUUAACAUGAAUGCUAUGAGUGCCUUAUACCACAUCGCCCAGAAUGAGAGCCCAGUCCUGCAGUCCAAUCACUGGUCGGAUUAUUUCCGUAACUUUGUAGACUCUUGUCUGCAGAAGAUCGCCCAGGAUAGACCUACCUCUGAUGUGUUGCUUAAACAUCACUUCCUGUGCCGGGAGCGUCCGGUGACUGUGGUGAUGGAUCUGAUAGCACGCACUAAAGAUGCCGUGAGGGAGUUAGAUAACCUGCAAUACCGAAAGAUGAAAAAGAUCCUUUUCCAUGAAACACUCAAUGGGCCUGCUACUGAGGGUACAGAGGAGGAAGAGGAUGUAGAGCAAUACAUGUUACGAACAGGGACGGUAAACAGCAUGGAAAGCUCCCAUUCGCUACCAUCCAUGUCAAUUAGUGCCAGUUCCCAGAGUUCUUCAGUGAACAGCCUGGCUGAUGGUUCAGACGACAGUGGUGAGAUUGUUAUGAUGCAGGAGGGCGAACAUACGGUGACCUCCAACAGCUCUGUGUUGCACAAACCUCUGAUCCAUGAUAAUAUCUACGACGACCCCUAUCAGCCAGAGGUGGACUUGCAGCAGCAGGGUCCCUCUGGGGGUCGCAGACGCAGAGGACGUGACCACUUUGCCACCAUCCGCACGGCCUCUCUGGUGACCCGGCAGAUUCAGGAACAUGAGCAGGGUUCAGCACUCAGAGAACAGAUGUCGGGGUACAAACGCAUGAGAAGGCAGCAUCAAAAACAGCUGAUGGCUUUGGAGAACAAGCUGAAAGCAGAGAUGGAUGAACAUCAGCUCAGGCUCGACAAAGAACUGGAGACACAAAGGAACAACUUCGGCAGCGAGGCAGACAAGCUUAACAAGAAGCAUCAGGCCGUCCUGGAGAAAGAGACUAAGAGUACUCUUGGAGAGGAGAAGAAGUUCCAGCAACAUAUCUUGGGCCAGCAGAAAAAGGAGUUGACCGGUUUACUUGAGACUCAGAAACGGCAGUACAGACAACGAAAAGACCAGCUCAAGGAGGAGCUCAAUGAGAACCAGUCCACACCAAAGCGAGAGAAACAAGAGUGGCUGGUUCAGCAGAAGGAGUGUCUCCAGCAGCACCAGGCAGAGGAGGAGGCAGGGUUGCUACGACGGCAGCGGCAAUACUACGAGCUGCAGUCUCGUCAAUAUAAAAGGAAAGUGCUGCUAUCCCGCCACAACAUGGAGCAAGACCUGCUUAGAGAGGACCUGAAUAAAAAGCAAACUUUGAAGGACCUGGAAUGUGCCAUGUUGCUUCGACAUCACGAGUCCACCCAAGAGCUGGAGUUUCGGCAGUUAGGCCUCGUGCAGCACACGCGGGCCGAACUGAUCAGGACGCAGCAUCAGACCGAGCUCACCAACCAAAUGGAGUACAACAAAAGACGCGAACAAGAGCUACGGCAGAAGCACGCCGUGGAAGUUCGCCAGCAGCCCAAGAGCCUGAGAGUGAGUGACUGUGACAUCAUAGAGAACGUUACAGAAAUGGAGGGGACUAGUGAAGGGGAGGGGCCCAAGGAAAUGCUGGAGGGUGAAGGAGAGCGAGGAGACAGGAUAAAUGGAGAUGAAAGGCAGCCGGUAGGGGCUUCUGAAGAGACAGUUGAAGAAGUGAAGGGAGAACUAGAUGUUUUUGAAGGGAACGAAACUUUGAGUAAUGACACUGACAUCCAAUGUCAAAAAAUAGACAGGGAAGGAAAAGAGGAGGAAGUGGUGACUUCAGCUAACAAUGCCAUAGAAGGAAGUGCAGAAGAACAAUCAGCGAUCACUUUAGAGGUUAAUGUGAUAUCCAGAGAUAAAAAGCACCAGGGACAGGGCCAAAAUGAGACAGGUGAGGUAAUUGAUCCAAGGCAUGAUGGGGUCCGGUGGGACGUGAACUAUGAUGACGGUGGUAGCGAAUCAGAGAGCGAGGAAGAGGAUAGAGGUGUGGCUGACGGCUGUCCAUCAGAGUUAAUGCUCGGCCCCUUUUUUGAGCGUCGUCUUCACAAGCGUGAUGCAGACGAACUCUCAGAGUUCUAUUUCCCAGACACUUUAGAGGAGCUGGAGGUGCCGCCCAUGUUCCCACCUCCUCCCCCCACUUCCUCCUCCCAGUCCUCUUUGACCUCUCUUUUCUCUCACGUGAUCUGUCUCGCUCUCUCACUCUCCACUGCCGUACAGCCAUCUGUGCUCACGCUUCUUUUUCUUUCCAUCUUCCUUCUUUCACUUCGUCGCUCGCCCCCGCUUCCUUCUCUCGCUUCCAUUCUCCUCUCUGGUGAAGUUACCUUGCUGGCCCUCUUUUUUUCAUACUUACUUUUGCGUUCUUGCUGCUCGCUGUCCUUUUCGACAUACAUUUCUCUAACGUACUGGGGUUUGGGUCUGUUCAGCUUGGGUCUCUCUUUAAGCCUUGGACUCUAUUACAUACCUGUAGCCCUGGUCUCAGCAUCCUUCCUCAGCUCGCCUUCGCUUUUUCUCACGCUGUAUCUCGUCGUGGUGUUGGUUGUCCGCCCGGCUAGGGUUUUUCUCCAGAACGCCCCGCGUAAACUCAACCGCCUUUGGAUGCGGGUUCUUUUCCGGCUGCCAAAGCCGCUCUUCACUGUGUGCCAGUCCAUUCUGGGCGGCCUGGUAGAGCGCAACCUUUAUGACAUGUUCCCUAAAGCCGGCCGAAACUGGGGCGGCCGUCAGUCAAGAAUCCCUGUGCCUUCGAAGAGUCUUACUCCUCAGUAUCAGGCCAAAAGCAAACAUUCCAUGUUAUUUUCACGCUGCCUGCUUUUGUGCAGGCGGUUUGUCAGGCGACCUUUAGGCACUCUGACAGACUUGGCCAACUCCGUGGUGCUUCGGUUAGCCAAACGCGUACUGAGUAAACUGCCGCAGAAUAACCUGAAAAAGCUGCAAGCCUUCGGUUUGCUCCGUAGAGAAAAACCAAGCAAGCUGCCGAGGCUUCUGCCCAGAGCUGUGAGGGAACAUCUGCGGAUGAUGCGAGAGAGGAGAGAGAAGGAGAGGAGGAGAAGGGAGGAGAAUGAAAGAAUAUGCAGGGAAGAAGGGAGGUGGGAAAGUGUGUUGAGGAGGACAGCCUCGGGCCGAAGUUUGAGGGGAAAGAUGCCAUGGAGAUGAAGGAGAAAAGAGAGAAACUUGGUGAUGGGAAAUGUGUGUUAUCUGUGAUCUGUGUGAGCAUGCACAUUCCAUUCAACCGUCACUGUGCAUUUUAUUUUUCUCUCUGAAUUAUCUUUUUGUUGUUGUUUUAUUAUUCGAUUCUGUAUGCACACACGCAGUCCUUUUUGUUAUAUGUGGAAGUACUCUAUCUAUAUUAAUGUGCUGUUCCAUUCAGUUCACCUACUUAUGGUCAGUCACCUGUGAAUGUAAAGCGUAUGACAAUAUUGUGCUUUUUGUAAAAGUUUUUGUUGAUUUUAUUCACAAAUAGCAAGAGGAGUGUGUUAUGGUGAUUGAGGCCAUGUUUGUGCAAUCUUAAUUUUGUUUUAUUUAUUUUUGAAGGGAGUCUUAAAACCUGACAUUGCAAAACCAGGGCUAAUUUUUAAAUAUUUUCUAUCAAACUUGAAAAAGGUUUUUUUAUUUGCUAAAUUUACUGUACCCGCUGCGCAAGUAAAUAAUAAUACAAUGCUUUACACUACAGACCCCCGUAAAAAAACUCCAAUCUUAAACAAAAGUGCAAUAGAAGUUGUCCCUUCGGUUAGGGUCCAUUUCGUAUAGUUUCUUUUAUCUCUAAAGUCCUUUAUGUAGAAAGGUUUUUGAAAUAGCUAACUAGGCUGUAUGUUUUCACAAAACAAAAUUGUAAACCAUUUUAACAGCCAACUGAAACAACAAAAGUCCUUUUCAAAUUAUAUAAAUGGAAAAUACAUAUAACGGGCAUCUCACGAGUGGUUUUAGAGACAGGACCUCAAAUACUGAAAAAUAUUGUUCUUAUAACUACAACACGCAGUGAAACAAGCACAUAAUCUGUAAUGUUUUAUCCAUCAGGUUAUGUUAUUCAACAGAGAUCUUAAAGGCUGCUAAUCCCGUGUUCCAACUUUAGCUGUGAAUUUUACUUGAUGUUAAACCUCAUAACAUGAAGUGAAAUGGUCACUUCCAAAAUGAAAAGUUAAACUCUAUACAACAGGAUAUAUGCAAUGUUAUUUAUAUGUUUAGAGGGGAAAGAGGAUCCCUCUGUUUUUCUGUGUUGUGUUCCUUAAUAGAUUGUUAUUUGAUUUGCUUCCAUAACAUAUAUAUAUAUAUAUAUAUAUAUAUAUAUAUAUAAAUAUAUAUAAAUACUUGAGAUUUUUAGUCUGUUUUGCACCCAGCAUGACUACUUAUAGACUGGUGAGCUAGGCCAUAUGAAUCUGGAUUUUAUAUAUAUUAUUUUUUUUAUUGCACUAGGGGCAAUGGUUUGACCAUAUUUACCAUGUAAACAAGUUGUUUGGUCAUAUUCUUAUGAAGUUAGGUAAACCUGUUUAUAUCGAACAUGUUUAUGCAAAACCUUUGCGUAUUAUAUUCAUAGAUUAGCCCUAGUUUUUCAGUGUUUGUGUGAUCAAAUUUUAUUUAUAAGUAUUAUUGAUUAUAUUUUUGCGAUAUACAUAUCAUAGUUUAUGAGAAGCCAUUGUACAGUCAUUUUUAAAACUUAAAUUGCAAUUUAAUACCAAAGGUAAGGUGACAUAAGACAUCAGGAGGUCGACGAAUAGUUUGCACUGCUCUAAAACUGUCAGUAAAUACAAAAAAUGCUUUACAGUUUCUCGAACCAUUUGAAUAGUAACAAUUUUAUUACAUUCAUUACAUAAUGGUUUCCAAAAAAAAAAUUCUUGGUAAAAUAAAGAUGUUUGUAUGAGAACAAAAGAUAGAUGUGAGACAAAAUGGUGUGUUAAUUUUUGGUCAUACUUUUGUUUACUCAUUUUCCAUUAAGUUUUUUUUUUUUUUUAAAGGAACAUUUGCUGUAUUUUGUGUUGCACCCUCUGUUUCAAGAUCAUUUUGUGUGCAUUUCAUCCUCAUUUUUUUGGUUUGUGCAUGAAUGGAUGUUUACGUUGAAGCCUAAAAACAUUUUUGUUAUAUAUUUCUGAAAUAAAUGUUUGUUUUUGUUAUGAUA